GGAACACCUUAGUAACGAACAGCUGUGAAUUGGUAGUAGAAAUGGUAGAUAUCUGGCUAACUAUUUUCUCUACAGAGUUCAGCAACUGGAGGAGGAGAAUGGAGAGAUGAAACUGAACGUGUGUAAACUGAAGUCUCAGACUGAGAAACUAGACCAGGAGAAGCAGCGUAUGACAGACCGGUUAGAGGACACCAGUCUGAGGCUGAAGGAUGAGAUGGACCUCUACAGGAAGAUGAUGGACAAGCUGUGGCAGAACAGACAUGAAUUCCAGAAGGAGAGAGAGGCCAUGCAAGAGUUGAUAGAGGACCUGCGUCGGGAGUUGGAGCACCUGCAGCUGUUUAAGCUGGGUUCAGAGGCGGGGCGGGGGGCGGGGCUAUCAGAAUACAACGCCAAGACACGGGAAAUAGAGAUGGAGCAUGAGGUCAAGAGACUUAAACAGGAGAACUUUAAGCUGCGGGACCAGAACGAUGACCUGAACAGUCAGAUCCUCAGUCUGAGUCUGUAUGAAGCUAAGAACCUGUUUGCCAGCCACACCAAGGCCCAGUCACUGGCUGCUGAGAUAGACAACGCUUCUAGAGACGAGUUGGUGGAUGCUCUGAAGGAACAGGAGUGUGUAAACUUCCGUCUGAGACAGUAUAUGGAUAAAAUCAUCCUUGCCAUUCUGGACCACAACCCCUCUAUCCUGGAGAUCAAGAGUAACAGUUAAACACUCACACACCACACCACACACCACACCACACACCACUCACACACCACUCACACACCACACCACACACCACACCACACACCACUCACACACCACUCACACACCACUCACACCACUCACACACCACUCACACACCACUCACACACCACUCACACACCACACACACACACACACACACACACACACUUCCACGCCUGGGGAUGGGACAGAACUUAAAACAACAGACGCUCAAAACAAAUGACAGCUGUCUGUGGUUUACAGCUGAAACUCGCCGUCUACUCUAUCUGUCAAUCAACUGUUAGAUGUCCCGCCUCCUUUUAUCUAUCCCACCAAUGAUGAACUGUUAUUAUGUUGCCGAGAAAAGAAACGGUGGUAUUGAAUGACACUAACUGGAUGAUAUUGUGUUGGAGGAGUAACUAACUGGAGAAUAGUAGUAGUAUCAUGGGGUUCACUUUAUGAUGAUGAUGAUGAUGAUGAUGAUGAUUCUACAUUAUGUAGACACACUCCCUCUGGGUUCACUAGCUCCAGUAUGACUGUCCAUUAGCCUAGAAUGAUGUCAACAUUUAUUACUGAUUUAACAGUGUGAAUAUUUGCAAACCAGAGCGCCACUUUUGAUUGGCUAACUGAGCUGUUCAAUCGCAUUCAAAAGUGGGUAAAGGUCGUAGGUGAGCGGAUGAGGAAGUAACAGAUAGUGUGGGUAGGUGAAGGAAAGGACUUUUAAGAUUCCUCGGGUUAAGAUGUGAUAGCUUGGUAGAGAUGGAGUCGUUGGCCGUAUUGGGCCCGUUCUGAUGUUUGAUGACAGGAUACAGUAUCAUCAACGGUGAGGUGUGCAACGGGGACCACGGGUGUGUCUCAAUAGUCACUUCCUCUUCUUGUCUUCUCUUUCAUCGGCAGUGACAGGACAGGUGAACGCUGCUCGACUCAGAUAUUUCCUUUCACCUGUCCUGUCUUCUCUGAUCAGUGCAAAUCAAGGAAAAGAAAGGAAGUGAAGGAGAUGAGGCCACUUCAGACCACUGAGACUCACCCCAAGUUUAGUCUCCACACUGAUUCCUCUGGUCGGGGGACGUGAAGGCUUAUAACUUCUGAUUCUAUGACCCAGUUACUCUCUGGGCGUGAAGGUUAUAACUUGUUAUGAAGUGUCAUGACCUGUCAUAAGCAUUUAAGACGGGCGUCGUACUGGUGUCAUAGCGUUGUUUAUAGACUUAACGAUGCAAAGUGAACAAAGUGUUAUAAAUAAUGGCACCCUAUUCCCUUUAUAGUGCACUACUUUGGACCAGGCCCAAUGACUCCCUGUUCCCUUUAUAGUGUACUACUUUGGACCAGGCCCAAUGACUCCCUAUUCCCUUUAUAGUGCACUACUUUGGACCAGGGCCCAAUGUUACCCUAUUCCCUUUAUAGUGCACUACUUUGGACCAGGCCCAAUGACUCCCUGUUCCCUUUAUAGUGUACUACUUUGGACCAGGCCCAAUGACUCCCUAUUCUCUUUAUAGUGCACUACUUUGGACCAGGGCCCAAUGGUACCCUGUUCCCUUUAUAGUGCACUACUUUGGACCAGGGCCCAUACGGAUUAGGGUGCCAUUAAGGAUGCAUGGACAGUGUAGGUACUACUAGGAGUGUAACCAGCUUGUUGUGCUAUAUAGUAAUGUAUAACCACCGUGCACAGAGUUACGUGUUGAUGUAGAAGCACAAGACGAGCGUAGUAGGGAAACGUAUUGUAUUACGGUCCUCAUGUAAUUCUACACUGAAAACAUAGGGUCCUGUUCAAUAGGGAUACAUUGUUUUGAAGCUGAGUCGAACGGUACAAGUACUUACCUGAACUUGUCCAAUAAGAUCAAAUGAUUUUGGUUAUCCGUUGCAAAACGUUUUGCUACGUUGUGCCCUAGUGAACACGACCCACCCAGGACUUGAAAAAGGCCAACAGGUAUCAAUGUGGUAGAUAUUUAGGGGAGAAACCUAACGUUCCACUGAAGUCAAAAUGUUCACUCAAGUCAUGCCUUGAUGUAAAUGGGAGACGAGGUGAAAAUGUUACGUAAAUGGAAGUUAAGAUUUUCCUCUAAGAGAAUAAGUGUCAUGAGUUGUUAGGACAAUGUCUAUAAAGGUUAAAUGUUUAUUUUUCUUAGAUCUAUAAAAUGAUAAACGUUGUGGACGUUUUAAGUUCAGACGGUCUUUUGAUCAGACUGGAAUGAGGGUAAGGAGAUGUCAGAGCAGUGGGGAUGAGAUCUGUCCAUUAUCGAGAACAACAUGGUAGUCACUAUAAUCAAUGAAUCGCCAUGACGAUAAUCCCUGGAUCUAGGGUGUAUGUAGGGGGGGGGGGCUCAUAUAUAGAGAGUAUAGGUUCUAUAACGCCUAUAGAUUGAGAGAGCUCUUUUCUGUGUAUGUCAUGAUUGUACUGUGCCACACACACACACACACACACACCACAGUAGCUUGUUGAAUUCACUGUACUGUAGAUGGAUAGAUAGCCACGACUUCAGGUCAUUGAUUUCACCUGGUUAAUAACUGUGUCUCUAAAGAAGAGUCUGUGUAGACAGUCGGUGUGAUGUCACACUGACACUAGUUUUGCUUCGUUGCACAAAUUACACUAAUGAGCAGUUAUCUCAUGGUUUCUCAUGUUUUUGCAUGGGUUUCUCAUGGUUUCUCAUGUUUUUGCAUGGGUUUCUCAUGGUUUCUCAUGUUUUUGCAUGGGUUUCUCAUGGUUUCUCAUGUUUUUUCAUGGGUUUUUCAUGAUUUCUCAUGUUUUUUUCAUGUUCUCUCAUGGUUUUUUCAUGUCUUAUUCAGUUUCUUGUUUUUCUUUGUGCCUUUUGUAAAUGAGCAACUAGGUGUCACCAUUAGAUUAUUUUUCUAGUCAUGUUUUUCAGUUUGUCCGUUGGUCAUCGUGAGUGAGCUUUUUCUAUCAGUUUGCUUUCCAACACGUGGUCGUAGCGUUUUUCAUACAUUGUAAAGUUUAUACAGGAUCUAGUUACAGUUUGUAUUGAUGUGCCACUGACUCAUCCAACCUAAUAACUAGUAUUUUAUACCGUUUAAAAAAAGGAGUUAUAUCCUAGAGAUGAUAUUCUGUGUGACCUGGAAAUGUAUAGCACAUGUUAAUGACGUUGUCGUAGCGACUGUAUUUACUAUAGGAUGACGAUCCUGGGACUGAUAAACAACAUCGACAGGCUGAGUCUGGAACUAGGGAAUUAGAAUCAUAGAAUCAUUCUAAUUCUGUGUGACUGAAAACAGCCAAGGCUUGAAAAGUCCAAUGGUUGAAUACUGUGAAUCUCAGGCCCUGUUUUGAGUACUUUAACAAUGCAUCCUACCAUCAUCUUCUCCUUUGAGGUAAUAUAAUCACUGAUUAGGAAGGGAUUGGAUAAGUGAAUGCAUGUUUGCCAUCAUGUUUACACCUGUCUAACAUUGUCAGAUCAGUGAUGACUGAUCUGGGAGGGAGGAUGCAUCCGUGAGGUAUUUGAACAGGCCCGUCAGUCCUUUAGAUGGAAGAUAUCGUGAUGUGUUCACCUCACGCUAAAGAUCACUGAUGUUGUUCUGCUCGUGUACUGUAGGUCUGACACUGACUUAUAGGAUGUUGUACAAACUUGAAAAUGUAAAUAAAAUGAAUUUGCUUUGGCCAAGGA